AUUUAGAAGAACCACCCUCUGAGGAAACUGAACUAGCCAAAGAAGCAGCAGCUAAUGCCCUUAAAAUACAACUCAUAUGCAAUUUGUUAAAACAGUGCCCUCCAGGUGAAUUCAAGAAUGUUUUUGAAGACCUUCGCUUUCUGCUUUGUGACGAUAAACUCAUAAAGGAAGAGGUUGCUCAGGUGUGUGCUAAUCAUUCCAAGAAACAUUUCACCACUGCAAACAUCAAAGGGGACUAUGUUCUGGUGACUCGCCAUAAUGACAUGGGAGGUGAUCGCUUCUUUGACCCCCAGAUCAAGCUUUCCUUCACAUUCGAUUCCCUGAAUAGAAGAGCUGACAAGUUUCUGCUUUAUUGUAAUAUUAGGAGAGACAGGGCAGAAUUAUGGAGAGAAACCCUUAAUGAGAUCUUGGAAGCAUACAUGAAGAGGCAUUUCAUUUCAGGAGUUUGUCGGGUCUACAAAAAAACAAUUAGGAACAAACCAUUCCUUGUGGUCUGCAUGGAAAGCCACCAGAAUAAGAAAUCCUGGAACAUUCUCUGGAAAUCAGAAUGGAUAAUUGCAAUAACUCCACCUGUUUCAGAAGUCAGGGGGGACUUAAAAGUACAGCUGCAUUAUUUCAGAAAAGCUAAUCUUCACUGGACAGCCAGUAGUACAGCUGAAGGUUCCAUAUAUUUAAUUCAUCGGGACCAAUUUGCCUUGGAUUUUGAGAAAUUUAUUGAAGCUGAAGAUAACAAAUUUCAGAUGGAUCUGGUGAAAAGCCUCUACGAUUUGUCAAAUGAAACAUGGAGGGACUUUCGGAGAAGGCUCCCAGUUACCCGCACUUCAAUCUCUUGGGAUAUACUGAUGAUGACUUAG